GCGGAGUUGAAGGACGAGGCGGAGAAGCCCAGCGAGUCUGCGGAGAAGAGCGACAAGACCGAUGCCGCGGACAAGGUGAAGAAGGAGGGGUCCGAGUCGUCGGAGCGCGAGGAGGAGAGUGAAGAGGGAGGGGAUGCCAAGGCGGCUCCAGCAGACAAAGACAAAGAGGAGUCCAUGGAGACGUCGUCCUCGGAGCCGGAGAAGGAGAAGGAGGAGAAGGCAGUUACUGACGAGGUAGAGGAGAAGAGGAAGAAACUGGAGCACGACAUCGGAGAGGGGAACAUCGCCACCGCGGCCGCUGCUGCUCUGGCAUCUGCUGCCACCAAGGCCAAG